AUGGGGGUGUUCGACCGGCUGCCCCCGAUGGACCACAUGCGGUCCGAGAAGAUGUGCUUCGUGCAGCUCAUCAUGCCCGCCGAGAGCUCGCGCCUCGCCGUCACCUACCUCGGCGAGCUCGGCCUACUCCAGUUCAAGGACUUGAAUGAGGAUAAGAGUCCUUUCCAGCGUAUAUUUGUCAACCAGGUAAAGCGAUGUGCAGAAAUGUCACGCAAACUAAGAUUUUUCAGUGAUCAGAUCAACAGAGCAGGUGUAAGAUCUUCUGUUCGACCUGCACUUGAACCGGAUAUUGAUCUGGAGGAGCUAGAGGCAAGAUUGGGUGAACAUGAGCAUGAACUGCUUGAGAUGAAUACAAAUAGUGACAAGCUACAACAGACAUACAAUGAGCUUCUUGAAUUCAAGCUGGUCUUGUCAAAGGCAGGUGGCAUCCUUGCUUCUUCUCACAACCAUGCAGCUUCAGCUGAGCGUGAGCUAGAUGAAAAUAUAUAUGACAAUGGAGUAGACGAGGGAAAUGCCUAUUUGCUCGAACAGGGAGUGCAUCAAGGAGCACAUGGAAAUUCUGGAGUGAGAUUUGUUAGUGGAAUAAUAUUAAAGUCGAAGGCACUUGCUUUUGAGCGGAUGCUUUUUCGAGCUACAAGAGGAAACAUGUUAUUCAAUCAGGCACCUGCAGGGGAACCUGUAACUGAUCCCAUAUCUGGUGAAGAGGUAGAGAAAACUGUUUUUGUAGUUUUCUUUUCUGGGGAACAAGCAAAAGCAAAGAUACUUAAGAUUUGUGAUUCAUUUGGAACAAGUUGCUACCCUGUUCCUGAGGAAAUGGUCAAGCAGAGACAAAUUUUCAAUGAGGUAUCGGCUCGUCUCUCUGACCUGGAAGUUACUUUGGAUGCUGGAAUCCAGCACAGGAACAAAGCUCUUGAGUCAAUAGGAUCACAAUUAUGGAGGUGGACAAUCAUGGUUAAAAAAGAGAAAGCUGUAUACGACACACUCAACAUGUUGAACUUUGACGUGACAAAGAAGUGCCUUGUUGGAGAAGGAUGGUGUCCUAUAUUUGCUAAAUCUCAGAUCGAGGAUUGUUUGCAGCGUGCCACACUUCACAGCAAUUCACAAGUUGGAACAAUAUUUCAUGAGAUGGACACUAUUCAAUCACCGCCUACAUAUUUCCGAACUGAUAAGUUUACCAAUGCUUUCCAGGAAAUUGUUGAUGCAUAUGGCGUUGCUCGAUAUCAAGAAGCUAAUCCUGCUGUAUAUUCUGUUGUGACGUUCCCAUUUCUUUUUGCUGUUAUGUUUGGAGAUUGGGGUCAUGGAAUAUGUCUAUUACUAGGAGCUUUGGUUCUUAUACUUCGCGAGAAGAGACUUUCCUCUCAGAAGCUUGGCAGCUUUAUGGAGUUGGCAUUCGGUGGACGAUAUGUUAUUCUUCUGAUGGCAAUAUUCUCAAUAUACUGUGGCCUUAUAUACAAUGAGUUCUUCUCAGUUCCAUUCCAUAUAUUUGGCAAAUCUGCGUAUGAAUGCCGGGACAAAAGCUGCAGUGAUGCACAUACUAUUGGUCUCAUCAAAGUCCGUGACCCCUAUCCUUUUGGGGUGGACCCAAGCUGGCGUGGAAGUCGUUCUGAGCUACCUUUUCUAAACUCAUUAAAGAUGAAGAUGUCUAUACUAAUGGGUGUUGCCCAGAUGAACCUGGGGAUUGUAUUAAGUUAUUUUGACGCACGAUUUCAUGGAAAUGCCCUUGACAUAAGGUAUCAAUUCAUACCACAGAUGAUUUUCCUGAAUAGCCUUUUUGGUUACUUAGCACUCCUGAUUCUUAUCAAGUGGUGCACGGGCUCUCAAGCUGAUCUUUAUCAUGUGAUGAUAUAUAUGUUCCUUGAUCCUGCUGGAGAUCUUGGAGAAAAUGAAUUGUUUUGGGGCCAAAAGGAACUUCAGAUAUUGUUGUUACUUCUGGCUUUGGUCGCUGUUCCAUGGAUGCUCUUCCCAAAACCUUUUAUCUUGAAGAAACUUCAUAAGGAGAGAUUUCAAGGUCACACCUAUCGCUUCCUAGGGACAUCUGAAAUGGAUCCAGAUUCUGAACCUGAUUCCGCCCGAGCACGUCAUGAUGAUUUCAAUUUCAGCGAAGUUUUUGUGCAUCAAAUGAUACAUUCCAUUGAGUUUGUACUUGGUGCAGUUUCAAAUACUGCAUCUUAUCUUCGACUUUGGGCUCUGAGCUUGGCGCAUUCAGAGCUGUCAACAGUUUUCUAUGAGAAGUUGCUGUUACUUGCCUGGGGGUAUGACAGUCUUAUCGUGAAGUUGGCAGGGCUUAUAGUUUUUGCUUUUGCUACUGCUUUCAUAUUGCUCAUGAUGGAAACACUGAGUGCCUUCCUGCAUGCACUGCGUCUGCACUGGGUUGAGUUCAUGAACAAGUUCUAUCACGGGGAUGGUUACAAGUUCAAGCCAUUUUCAUUUGCUCUGCUGGCAGAUGACGAAGACUGA